CUUUGCUGGAGUAUAACUGUACCAGUGAAAAUGGCUUCGUUUGCUGGCGUAAUUCAAGCACUGAACGACAGGUUCAUGGAGUUUUAUAAGAACAACGACAUGAAGGGCCUCUCUGAGCUCUAUACGGAGGACUGCAAACUCAUGCCUCCAGGAACAGACGUACUGAACGGCAGAAGCGCUGCGGCCGACGUAUACGGGAAACUGCGAAAAGCUGGAGUC